CAAGGUUACUUAUCACUUGCUGCUCCCUCUUCCACUACUCUCCUCUCCUUCUGUGGUUCGGCUUCAAUGGCGCGUAGCAUGCGCUUAUUUUCAAUUCUCUUCGUCGUUCUGUUCCUGCUCACGGCUACUGGGAUGGGGCCAAAGGUGGCUGAGGCAAGGACCUGCGAGUCACAGAGCCAUCGCUUUAAAGGGAUAUGCGUAAGGAAGAGCAACUGUGCUGCUGUUUGCCAAACGGAGGGAUUCCACGGAGGGCACUGCCGAGGCUUCCGACGCCGAUGUUUCUGCACUAAACAUUGUGCAUGAGAUUUCUUCACAAACGUCAGUCGUCGAUCGGCGACUAAUUAGCAUGCUUUACAUCAUCCAUCUCUCCUUUCUGGUUCUAGUGUGUGCCUACAAAUAAAUUGGGGAGCAUCUCUAUAUGGAGUCCACUGUGUGUGUCUUCGUUUUCCAGUUUUCGGUUGUGUAAUUUUAAGUUUUAUGUGUGUCUCAAUCUCUGCAAAACCUGUUUUUCCUUCACUUAUCAA